AUGAAGUUCCUUUCUGCCAUUGUUAUGAGCGUGCUCGUCAGCGCUGUCAGUGCCACUCCGGCAGAUGCAGCACUGUUCGAGCGAGCCAUUGGAUCCAAAUGCAACGCCCCCGAGGGUGAAGGAUCGUGCCAGACGACUGGUAACUGCAAGGGUAUCUCUUACCCGCAAGCCCUUUGCCCAAACGAUCCCAACGACGUCCAAUGCUGCGUGGAACACCAGUGCUCUACCGGGGCUGGCUCAGGCUUCUGCCGCAGCGUCUCGAACAACGGCUGUCCAGGCGGGCAUUUCGACAAGGGUUCUGGACCUGACUGGCCAUGCCCUGGCAGCGACGACAUCCAGUGCUGCAUCAAGGGGGGAGACGACAACGAUCCUCCAGGCGAUGGCAGCGUUGGACAGAAAAUCCUCGAGAAGGCCAUGACUGCCGCAGGCGUGCCUUAUGCAUGGGGAGGAGGCAGCUGUGACGGUCCAACUGGCGACAUGCCUCCAUGGGACUUUGGCGAGAUUGGGGACUCGGGUGACCGCAUGUGGAAUGCCCCCAACGACAAGAUCAACAAGGUCCAGGAGAACAGCAUCUCUAGGUUCGGCGAGAGGCCUUGUCCAUAUGUUAUUCGCUUUGAGUAG